AUAUUAAAAAAAGUGAAAAAAUAAAAUUGGAAUAAUGCUAAGUAAAUUAAAUCAAAAAGUUUUAUAAAAAUGUUAUAAAUCUUCUGAAAAAAUAGAAACUAAAAUAUUUAAGUGCUCUCUAGAGGCGAUAAAAUGUUCAAAAUCGAAUCCUAUAUAACACCUCUUAUACUAAACUAUUUGACGAAAUAUGUCAAAAAUAUACGACCACAAGAUUUUCAAGUUUCCUUAUGGGAGGGUGAAGUCACAUUCCAUAAUUUGGAUUUACGUUUAGAUGUGUUGCAACAAGAAUUAGAUUUGCCUUUUCAAUUUCUUUCGGGUCAUAUACACGAAUUAGUCAUAUCGGUGCCCUGGACUAAAAUCACCUCAGAACCUAUAGGAAUAUCUAUUAAUACAAUCGAAUUUGUAUUGAAAUCGAAUCGUGAAGAUAGUAGUGGCACUAAAUCUCCCACGGGCAGCAGUUCGCCACAACAUCAGUCGACGACGGAGGUGACUAGUGCCAGCAAUCGUAACAAUGAGCGUGAGGAUACCUCAUCGAUGGGUUCCAGUUUGGCCACAAAAAUUCUCAAUAAUAUUAAUGUGCAAUGUCAGAAUAUUAUUUUGAAAUAUAUAGAAGAGGACAUUGUGGUAUCUAUGAAUGUUCAACAUCUAAGCUAUGGUCCAGCCAAUGAACAGUGGCAAUUGGCCAUGGUUGAUGUAAAUCCAAAUAAGGUAUUAAUGCGGAAAUUGAUUAAUGUUUCCGAUUUGACUAUAUGUUUGGAUAAACGUAAUGAUGCGGGUCAAAUUGAUGUUUGUCAAGAGCCGGUAAUGUAUCGUUGCACUUUAGAAUGCCGCGUUUUACGUAAAUACAAUAGUCAAACCAUGGCCAACAGCAGUACAACGCGUAUAGGUGUAUUUACUCAAAAUCUAGAUUUAAAUAUUUCCACCAUGCAAAUACCUUUACUAAUGCGUCUCAUAAAAUUCAUUACACAAAUGGUGCCAGAAAAAUCAAAUGCUUCUGAUGCCUCUUCAACGGCACCAGAUGAUUAUGGCGCAUCAGAUAUGGCCUCAAAUAAAGCAAAUAGCGGCGGCACUUACUUAUCGUGGGCAUGGAAUAUGUUACCAAGUUUUAAUCUAGUAGAUGAGGUCAAAGAUGAAAGUCAUAUAGAUGAUCCUGCAGGUCAUACAAAAGACAUUGGUAUUUAUGUGGAAGAGUUGAAUUUGACUCUUAAAAAUUCGGAAUUUAUUAAUGAUGCUAUAAUGGGUGGUAUUAAACGUAUACGUUAUAUGCCUAUUGUACGCUUCACUAUUGGCGGUUUAUAUUGGGAGCGUGUUAUGUCAAAGGAGUUGGAAUGGUCCAAUAUGAAAAUGGGUAUAUCAAGUAUUUAUGUAGAACCUUUGGGCAGUUAUCGCACUGAUGAUCAGACAAAUAGUUAUGCCAUAAUAGAUACAGCUCCGUUUACCAAUAUUCGUUCAUUCAUUGAUAAAUCUUUGUUUGAUGAUCAAUGCAUGAUUGCUGACAAAGGCUGGGGUGUCACAAAUUACGAUGAUUAUAUGGCACGAAUCACCGAUGACUAUUUACUCUAUCGCAGUCCCAUAUUUGCAUUUGAUGUUAUAAAUUAUCGCUCAACCCAUACAGAGAGUCAAGAGGGUCCUUCAUCAACAUCCGGCAUAACAAACACUACAAAUGAGGGCAAACUAAUGGAUUUAUAUAGACAAUAUCGCGUUCUAGCGGCCGGCAUAACAUUUCGUUAUAAUCAAACAUUUCUACAGGUUAAAAAUGUGAUUAAAACUAUAAUAGAUUCAUACGAUUCAACAGCAUAUUCAUCAAAUGUUGUAGAGAAAACAGAGACAAAUACUGCAAUUGCAACAAAUACACAAAAAGUCCUAAUACCAACAGAACAUAGUAAUGUAACAGUUGGUGGUGAGGCAGUUGAAACAGAUGAAGCAAGAUCUCACUUAGCGGCUAGAACAAGUGGACAUUUAGCAGAGGGAUCACCCAAGUUACAUCCGCCCUUAGUAGAAGAUUAUGAUGCUUUGAUGCAGGGCGUACCCUUGUGUAAAUAUAAAAUUGAGCUUAAACGUAUGCGUUUAGAAGUUUAUGCUAAAACUGAACCAGAACCCUCCUUACGUAUACAUAGAAAACUGCCUAAUGCUGUUAAGAAUAGCUUGCCCUACAUGCUGUUGUAUUUUGAUAAAGUUGAAGGUACUCUUUCAACUCCCUUAAAUCCGGAUAAAUUAGUUCAUACUACUUGCCAGUUGCCGGAUAAGCCUCAGGAGUUAUUGAAUGCCUGUUAUGAUAAUUAUGAUUUAAACAUCAAAGACUUUUCUAUGGGUCUAAUAGCACCCUCUACUGAUAAUUUAAUACGAUUACUAACCAUACCCAAAUUACAGUUGAAUUAUGGCAAAUUAUUGCAACCUCAUUAUUGGAAAACAGAUGAAGUUCCUAUUAAAAAAUUGGAUUUACAAUGUGAUAUAAUUAAAUUACAAUUCACCAAAAGGGAAUUAAUAGCAGGUUUACAAUUAUUUUAUUCUGCUUUAAACUAUGAGCCACAAAUGGUCAUAAAAAUGGUAGAGGUGCUAAAUCAUUCUCAGGUCUUAGCCGAUACAAUGUCCUUGAAUACAGUGUUAUCGAAAUUAAUGGUAAAGCAACGUUAUUAUCAUAGCUUUGGCAUAUGGAAUGUAAACUUAGCAGCCUUACACUCUGAUGUGGUAAUUGGCAGAAAAACUUCACAAUUACGUCGCUAUAAUGUCCUAAAUACACAAGCUAAAAUGCAUAACAAUCAAAAUAAAUGGUUAGAGUUACAACUGCAAUAUCCCAAUCUCUCUGCUCAAGAUGAACCAUUGUUAAGUCAAACGAAAUCAUCUAAAAAAGAUGCUAAAGAUCAUAUAGAAAUGGCAAUAGGCGUAUGGAUGGAAAAAUUUAAUUUAAAUGUCGAUAAAAAUCUAUUGGAAUUUUUAUCUUUUGUUACGCAAGAAGAAAAUAAAUUAGCAACAGAUUUUUCCACAGAAAUAGAAAUACAAACACAGAACUUACAAAAUCCUACAGUGUCUGCUAGUCAUGUUACCAGUUCCGCCCACUCGACAUCGAUUGUCUACCAAACCAAUAACACAAUGCCACAAAUAUUUGGACGUAAAUCAUCACGUAAUUCUAGUUCUUUAAGAAAAAUAUCCCAACCUGAAGAAACUAUACAUUUUAGUUCAGAAAAGGAUGAACGCUUAGAACUGACAGUAACAGAUCCCAUUAUAAUCGAUAUACCCGAUGAAAUACCACCCGAAAGUGAUGAAGAAAAAAUCAAAAAAUACUUUAAACUAUUUAACACCAUAAUAAUCUAUAUCGAUAUAGCACAAAGUCAAUUGGAUGUUAGUAAUACUAGCUUAACAACUGACAAUGAGGAUGUCUUAAAAAAACUAUAUACUAGAAUUAAACUGCCGAAAAUUUUGCUAAAAUCAACAUUUGCAGAAUAUAUAAGUCGAUCUAGUAUGAGGCUAAAAAUUAAUCCGCCUCUUAAUGCGAAAACAACUUUCAACUGGACCAUACAAUUUCAAGAAUUGGAUAUAAAUACCAUUGAAGAUAGCAAUAUAAUGCCGGUACUAAAACCUUGGCAGACUACUUUAACCGUAGCCACUACUAAACGUAAACAAGCUGUUACCAUUAAUACCGAUCUAGAUUAUACUUUUAAAUCUCAAUCGCGCACAAGUUCACCUCUAACAAAACCGAAAAGUAAAAAUCCAAAAGAACGUUCCACUAAACUAGUAGAAAACUCUUCAGUAUCUUCAAAUUCUUUAAAAGAGAUUUUCUCCGGUAGUGAGCGAUCACCACCACCCUCACCUAAACCCAGCGUACGUUCGAAGCCUGCCACUGUGGAUAAUAGCGGAAAUAAUGAAAAGUUUGAGGAGAUUAUUUGCCUUAAUUUACAUUUAGAUUCUUCUACCAUACAUUUGUUUGGCAAUAAUGUUAAAAUAUUGCAAUUACAUUGUGGCCACUUGAUGAGUGUUUUGGAAUUGCUACAAAAGAUUUCCAGUACUCCAUCAACAUCGUUGUCGAGUAAAAGAAAAAGUAAUACGAAAACUUCACAGAUUCCUUUAAUGAUUUUGACUUCUUCGGAAGAAAAUCAACAUAUUAAGGAAUUUAUGGAUUUGGAUAGUAAUUCAGAUGUCUCAGCUCUUCCAACUAAUGAGAAAAAAUCUAUCCUCAACAAAAUAUCUCUCUUUUGUCAAUGGACUAUUGCCAAAGUUGUGGCCGAAGUUGAAAGUGCCCGCGAGCAAACGCAUAAAAGUAAACUUGUAGUAGAAUUUGAAGAUUUUCUCUCCACCGUAGAUCAAGGACAAGAUUUUACCAAAUACACCAGUAAAAUUGGUAAUUUUAGUUUAAACUAUUAUCAAAAAUCCGAUAGAUACGAUUGGUUGCAACAGGAAUAUUUACGCAUGCGUAUGAUAGCCGAAAGCAAUGAACAUCCAUUCCUCAAUAUCAUCUUAACGAAAGUGAGUUUAAAAGAUUUCUACAAACGUAUUGGUGUCAAACGUAAAGGGGAGGUGGGACGUCAUAUUAGUGAAAUUUUAAUAGUAAUGCAAGCUAUGGAAAUUAUAGUAGACUUAGAUCGUAUACAGGAAUUUAUGGAACCUUUGUGUGUUAUAAUGGAGAAAAAUCAGCAAAAUUUAGAAAGUAAAAAUGAUAAAGAAAAUAUUAUAAUAGCUUCGGAAUUACCGCUGGUGCAUUUCGAAAGUAAAGGUAUUACUUGCUAUUUUCCACUGGAUAAUCUUAAGAAACAAUGCACGGUUUUAAUUUGUAAAAUUGAUAGCAUUAACGUAACACCUAAUCUACAAAAUCCUCUACAACGCAAACCCUUAAGACCGGAUGUUUAUGGUAAAGCAGCCAGUAUGGGUAUAUUAAGUAUACCCGGCUCUAUUGUUGAGGAUAGACAAUAUGAGUUAACUCUAAAGAAGUUAUCAGCUGCUUCCGGUAAUUGGUUAGAGAUUUUAACACAUAUGCGUAAUAAAGCACAAAAUGUACACACUAAUCCCGCAGUGGAAUGGAAUAAUCCAGAGCGUAAACAAUCAUUAAAAUUAAAUGAAAUUUUCAAGAAUUUCACUUUAAUAGCUACUUAUGCUCCGAAUAUAGUUUAUAAUAAUAUUUUAAUUUGUGGCCAGGCCAUAGAGUUUAAUUGUGCUACAGAUUUUAUUGCUAGCAUUAAUACUGAUCAAUUGAAUAUGUUUAGCUGUCAUUUGAGAAGAUUACAAAAAAUAUCAGAAACUGUUAACCAGGUUUGCAAACUAAAACCUUCUCCUACAGCAGCUGCUAACUCAAAAACCCAAUCUGAUACAACUAUUUUCUACUCACCUGAAAGUUCCCACUCUACAACAGUGCUGCGUACAAUUAAAUCUCUAAAUAGUUUAACAAAAACCACAACUGUGCAUCCUGAGAUAAGACGUUUCAGUCGUUUAGGUUCUCAAACACAAUUUGAGUCGAUUGAUGAAGACUCUGAACCACCACCGUGCAAAAUCGAUUCGGGUGUUGUGUCUCAAUCUUCUAAACGUUCUCUAAUAACAAAAGACAUUUUGCAUUCAGCCAAAUCCAGUUCAACUAAUAUUAUUUUGGAAAAACUAACAGAAUAUCCACAAAAUAAUCAUAUACAAAUCAAAUCUCUACCGAGAACUGUUUCAUUUGUAGCAGGUGUCUUUCUAUUUAAAAUAUUCGAUUCCAAAUGCAGUGACACAGAAACUCAAGUAUUAUUUGAGGUUGAGGAAAUUGAAAAACCUUUAAUAUCAUUUACCAUAUCUCAGCCUAGCUUUAUGGUUACACAAAAUAUUUAUGAUUCUAUCAUUAAUUUUUCCAUAUUCAAUUUAAGUGUAUAUUUGCCAACCAUGAAUGGUUUACAAACGAAAUUGCCAACAAAUUUAUUUCCAGAAAAUAUAAUAGAUACCAUGCCCGGGGAUUUAACUUCAACAGGCAUACCUCCUUCACUGUUUACUUAUAAAGCACAUAUGACCAAACAAAAAAUGCGUGAAAUUGAUAUUGAAUUAGCCAAACCAUUGGUGAUCACCAUUAGUGAACGUAAUGUAGCCGAAAUAUGUCGAAACUUAAUGAUUAUCUAUAAUGCUUUGCAAGUCUACACUUGUGUUAGCCUGCCCUAUGAGGGACCGCUAUAUCGUACAUCCAAAAUUAUGCUUAUGAAAAGAAAUACUCUAAAUGCCGAUCGUUUGAAUAUCAAAUGUAACAAUAUUGCUCUCAAACUUACCGAUCAUCAGGACUACGAAUGUAAAUUGGUGUUCAGUGAUCUUAAAAUAAAUCUUAAAUAUCUUACACGUCCCGAAAAGUGUUCGGCUAAAUAUUCUUUGGGUGCUUUGUAUUUACGUACGAGUAAAAAGGUGUUUGUACAUCCUAUUUCACUUAAGGGUUCUAUGGAUUUUGUUACUGAACCCUGGAAUCGUUUGCCUCUUAUCAAUGCUAUUAUCAAAUUUAAUGUUAUACAAAUAGAUUUGGGCAUUUAUGUUAUCUUACAAUUAAGACAAGCUGUCCAUGAUUUGAAUACAAUACUUAGUUAUGUAAGAGAAGAAUUGUUACGUUUUCAACGUUUACAUUUACAUGAUCAGGGUGAAAAUAAUGAGGCAAAAUUGAAACAUCUAAAGCCUUUAAAAUGUCCGAAUGUUAGUACCUUUAUACAGAAUAAUAAGAGUUUUAAAAGAGAGGAAUUCUAUCAGGAUGAUUUGAGAGCUGGUGCUUUUCAAUUUGUGGAAUUAAUGUCUGACAGUGUUCUGCCACUGCCCUAUCAAAUACAAAUCAUAAAAAAAGAUUAUGGCAUAAUAUGUUGGCGUUAUCCUCAACCUAGAAAAAUGUGUAAAAUUCAUAUUUAUCCAGUGCCAAUGGCGGUGGAAAAUCCCAUACACAUAAAAUGUCGCAUGGAAUACUUUAGUGAAGUACAUGAAUGUUUUCUACAUUACUGUGAUCUAUGGCUUUCGGAAACCAAUUCCAAAGAUAUUAAACUACCAGAACGAGAAGUCUGCGCCACCAUUUGGCGCGUGGUUAUUAUGCAAUCUUUAGUUUCGGUAAAUGGAGAAUGUUUUGAUACCAGCGAAGAGGAUGAGGAAUUACAUUCUAUAGCCAGCAUGAAUAUAGAUGAAGUAUUGGGUAAAGGUCGUCAAGAUGCUGAUUUUAUUUUACACCCCAAAGUAUUAGUAGGUUGUAUGCGUGUUGAUACUACAUUCCAAUCGAAUUGUGUGCCAAAAGUUCAAUUAUUACUAAGCUGUAAUUUGCUUAAAGUUAAACUUCUUAAUCAGCCAGAUGAAAAUGCCGAUUUGCCACCACUACUUAAGAAAUUCCAUUUGUCCAAAACUACUCAUAUAUCUCAAGCGUUUUUAAUGUUGAUUAUGCAAAAUAUUAAAUUUCAUUCCACUUUCUACGAUAAGCAAAAAUUCAAUUUAAAUGUUGCUUUUAAUGCCAAUGUAAAAUGUUUGGAUUAUGGUUUUCUUAAUAUGAUUUCUCUACUGGAAGAGACCACAGUACAAUCUUAUAUGGAAAUAGAUAACAAGAAAAAUAUCAUAAAUGCAAAUUUUGUCUUUGAUCGUUUGCAGUUUAAUAUAGGUCCAGCCAUUAUACAUACGCUUCUGUCCUCGAAGAAUCACUGGUCUGAGUGUUUGGAUUUAGAUGAGCGUCGCAUACGUCACGCCUUAAUACCUAAAUGUAUAAUAGUAAAUCGUACCAUGACCUGUCUGGCUUUUGGUCAAACUGGAACUCACGAACGCAUACAGUUAAAUCUCAAAGAAUGUUAUUUGUAUUCAUUCCGCAGUGAUUAUCAUAAUCAAGAAUUGACCUUUUACAUAACGGAUGAGGAAACAAAUACAGUGGAUACUUCUAUGUCGUUACAUAUACCAUUCAAAUUCGAAAGUCAACAUAUGGAAAAAUUUUUACGUGUUGGAAAUAAAGUCAUCACCGUUAAAUUGCGCAAAUUAUCCAGUUCUCAAAUAUUCGUUUUAAUUAAGGGUCAAAUAGAAUUAGUAUCAAUGGUUGCGCAUAAUUUACGUUUAGAAUUCCGUCAUGAGGGUAAAGCUGUAGAAGUGGCACAUAAAUCUUUGGAGUAUAUUAUUGAGAAACAGGGUCGCAACUCAUUUUACCAUAGUGUGCAGCAAAAUUCAAAUAUAUCAAUGAGACUUAAAUUGGCUGAUAAUAAUAUAAGGGCUCGUACAGGUGAUAUUCCAUUGAGAACGAAUAAUAAAUUACCCUGGUUGGUCAAAGUUCCCAUCAACAGCGACGAAUUCAUAAGCUUUUGGAUAAGAGUACUACGAGAAGACAUUCCUGGUCUAGCAACAGAAAAUUUUAAUCCUCAAAAAAUACUCAUCACAAUAUGGCCCAUAUUUGAAAUUUCCUCCAUGUUAAGUUGUGCCAUACAGGCUAAGGAAACAACGGGAAAAGAAGCAGAAAUACAUUUACCUGGUCAAGGUGCACGGCACAUACUCGAUGUACCAGCUACUCAUUUAACCGAACAUAACAUUGAGUUCAUGUACGGUUUUCCUUUAGGUACAGCUUCAGCCAAAAGUUAUACGCUAAAAUUAAAGUCUUUAGAUUGGCAGAAAUUCUUUUGGUAUGAUGAACAAAAAUGGAGUAUAGAAAAUACUUUAAGUAUUUUAGCUAAACCUUUAGCAAGAAAUUGGCCCCUAAACGAUGAAGAAGAGUUAAAAGUAAAAAGAAUCUCUGAAUCGAAUCAUGGUAUAGAUGUUAUAUACAAUACAAGAGUAACUAGAGAAUUUGCAUGUACCCUCAAUUUGGAGGUGGCACCCUGGGGUAUGUUUUUAAAUGCCACUGGGCUACAAGUGCGUGUUUGUGAGUUGGGUGUACAGCCCAAAGAACUAAUGGUAAAUGCUAAUGGUUUGGAAAUGUUAUUCAAUAUAUCACAAGGAUUCAGCAUAGGCAUACGUAAUGGCUCUAAUUGGAUACAAUCCUUGCCGAUUUAUUUAGAAAAUGCCAUAGUUACGCAAAGUAAACAUUUCUAUACCGUAACCGAAGGUGAUUAUACUGAUAUUGUCAUCUUGAGAGGCGAUGAAGUGAUCAAAUUUCUUUUAACUUUAAAAAUUGAAAAUAAUCGUAAAAUAUUUAAAUUAUCUUCAAAAUUUGCCGUAGUAAAUCAUACCAAAAAUCGUUUAUGUAUUUUACCAUUUGCCAUGGAUCAUAAGGAGAGUAUAGCGAGAAAAGAUGUAGAACGCUUAGAUAAUAAUACGACCAAGACAGUAUUACGAGCAACCCCUUAUAAAGAGAAUAGUAUAGGCAUUUCGCUAAGUCAAUUCUAUGAUAUAAAUGCUCAAUGUGCACAACGUUCCGUAGAUUCGGCGUUUAUUUAUUUUGUUGUGAUAAAACAUUGUGCCGAUUCAGAAAUUUCCAUACCCAUUCCCUUAACGCUGCCCUUUAAUCGUAAAUGUUUUAGCAUACAGAAUGGUCGAGAGUCUAUAGCUUUAAUGGUAUCGCUGAUUGAACAUGAUCAGGUUUACUAUUUAACCAUUUUCGAGGAUGUGGCGCCCGCAGUUUUGCUCAAUAAUCAAACCGAUUGUCCUUUUAUAAUUGCACAAACGAAUGCCGGGGAAAAUAGUAAGGUAUCCUCCACGUCACCAGAAUAUGAGGGCAAACAUUUGGAAUGGCAUCAUGUGAUACCUAAACAAAGUAAAUCCUAUUAUACACCUCCUGAAUGGUAUAGCCACUUUCCCGAUGUCGAGACUACUUUGUGCAAUAUUACUUUGGCUUUAUUUGAUGAUUUAUCUACCAAAAAAUCUAUAAAAUGGUCUAAACCCAUACGUCUAGAUAAAACAUGGAAGAAAUUCUUGCAUAUACCUGGUCAUGGUGAUGUUAAAGUUAUAAUCUGUGAUAAACAUCGUGUUAUUAGAUUAAAUAUUUAUUAUAUAUCACAGCAAAUGGAAUUCUCCGUUAAAGACUUACGUUCACGUCUCUCCACCACCGAGCCCAAAGAACCCUCUCCGACAGCAGAUCAAACUUCCUCCUCUUCAUUACUACUUCCAACAGCGAAAAACUAUCAAGAAACCUCCCAACAACUAAAUACCGAAAUUUGUCAACAUUUCCGUAAUGAUUGUGAUACUCUAAGACAGGAUCUGAAAAUAAGAUUUUUUGUUAAGGAAAUAAAUUUAAGUCUACACACCGACAACACUGCACGUCAGUAUAUGAAACGUGAAGUAAUCGCCAUAUAUGCCGAUGAUCUGCUGAUAGCCUAUGAAGAUAACGAAGAUGAACGCACGAUGAAUAUAGUGAUACCUAACUUACAAAUCGAUAAUCAAUUGUUUUCCACCGGAAAAUAUGAUUUUCCUGUUAUAUUAUGUGCCGAAGAGUUAUAUGAAAAAAAUGACUAUUUACCCGAGCCAUUUUAUUUGGAAACUUUUUACAAGAUUUUAAAAGAUAAAAACAUAAUGAUUAAUAUUAAAUUAAAACUAUUUGAAGAUGAAUUCAAAAUUAAUUCAUUGAAUUGUAAAUUGAGUCCCGUAAGAGCUUACAUAGAGGAUGCCUAUAUAACUGACUUCUUAGACGCCUUGGUGGAGUGUGAACCCUCUAACUGUGCCUACAAGCCAAAAUUAGAAUAUGAACGUAAAAUUUUGAUAGAGAACCAAGUUAGCAUACCCAAAGAUGUAGAAGCUCAAGCUAUCUAUGCAGCGGAACCUUUGCAAUUGAGAAAGUUUUGCAUAGAACCUAUGAGCGUUUUAUUGUCGGUGCACACUUCUGUAAGACUUUAUAUCGCUUUGGAUCAUUCACCUUUAUCGUUUUCCUCUUAUGAACGCUCACAUCUAUUGACUCUGCCUCUAAAGUUUGGUCAAUCUUUGGGUAUGCAUUAUUUAUCGGGUGCUAUAUUUGGUGCUGGCUGGGUGGUAGGUUCUUUAGAGAUCUUGGGUAGUCCUAGUGGUUUAGCGCGUUCUGUUACCACUGGCUUAAAAGAUUUUGUUUCCCUACCGGUACAAGGUUUGUUUCGUGGACCCUGGGGUUUUAUUGUGGGUGUCACUCAAGGCUCAGCUUCUUUGUUAAGAAAUGUAACUGCUGGCACAGUGAAUUCGGUAACAAAAUUGGCAGCCUCAGUGGCUAGAAAUUUGGAUCGUUUAACUUUGGAUGAAGAGCAUAUCGAAAGAACUGAGGCUUUAAGACGUUCUCGACCACAAGGUUUCACCGAAGGUUUUUCACAAGGCAUGACUGGUUUGGGUAUAAGUAUUUUGGGAGCUGUAGGUGGUUUGGCGCAUCAUACCCUCGAGGCUCGUUCUCCUGUCGAGGUGUUUACCGGUUUGAGUAAAGGUCUGGUGGGAGCAUUUACAAAACCCAUUAGUGGUGCUGCUGAAUUGCUGGCUUUAGCUGGUCAAGGUAUGUUGCAAACAGUGGGCUUUAAUGCCAUGCCCAAACAACGCUGCCCCUCUACUUGUCGCAACUUGGCUACCGAACCAUCUGGUUAUCGUAUAUGGAAGUUAUUGCCAGUAGAAUUGUCUUCAGAUCAAAUAUUAUUCUAUCAUGAAAUCACUUUGUCAGUGGAAGAUCAACUUAAGCGUGGUUAUGUUUUCUUAACAUCAGCUGUAUUUGCCAUUACUGAGGCUGAGUGGGAUAAACUACAGUUUGCUUUCCCUGUCGAUAAGGUGGAGAUAACAGUCGAUAAUCAGGAUAAAACCUUGUAUUAUGUACAUUUGAAACAUGAAAGAGAAGAUAUAGAAGAAGAUGUCAGCUAUACCAAUGAACGUAUUAUGAAUUUCCUGCACACCUCCUCUAUUAAAAUGACUUCCGAUUCACUUUAUGAUUUACUACAGACGGGUGGCUCUCUAGCAUCUGGCGGUUAUAGACGUCAGCAGACCUUAGAUUGGUCAUUCUAUAUAAGCGAACAUUUGGGUGAACAUAUAAUGCGUUAUUUUAAAAUAUUAAAUUCAAAUAUUAUUAAAAAUUAAGUAAGUUUAUGUUUAAAUAAUAUACUUUUUUAUAUAUACACACAUAUAUCCAAAGAUUUAAUUUCACAACUACCCCCUCCCCUUUGUUUUGAAAUGUUUUUAUUUUAAUAUAAAUUUUGGCUUAAUACAAAAUUGUAAAAGGCAAUGAAAAAUCUUAAAAAAGACUGCAAAUAGUAUCAUGUUGUAUGUGUAUAACUUUAUAUACUUUUUUAAAUUAUAAAUUGUUUUAGCGUAUUACUUACUACUUUAAAUUUAAAUUAUACUAUAAUUUUUUGAUAAAAAAUAA